AUGGGGGCAGAGAAGAUAGGCAUAAAAGCUGUAGGCUUCUUUCAUCUGUUCGAUUGGAACAAAAAGCCUCGUAAGAAGCUCUUCGCUAACGGAACUGUUUCACCUGGUGAGUACACUCACUCAUCAUGUAAUUGGCAUUGAAAGGAACACACGUUUUUCAUUUUACUCAUUUGUCGAUUACUGUUUUCUUUCUUUUAGAGGUAGCGAAACAAGGUGCGAAAAGCAACGAGAGUGUUGCAGCUACUCGUCUUCAUUUCGUACGUGCUUCCAAAUCUUCUCUUCGACAUUUCUGUUCUUGUUAUGUAUUUAUUUCACUUAUCUACCACUGUUUCCAGGCUGAGGAUGUCGACCCGGGGGGACAAUCAGGUUUGACGGUAUGCACUGGUUACAGUUGUGCCUCUUCAGUCACCGAUGAAGAAGGAAAAGGAAAUAGGGCGCCUGGAGUAGUAGCUAGGCUUAUGGGCUUAGAUUCUUUGCCAACAGCAGGUGUUUCUGAAUCUUGCCCAGCGCCAUUAUUUGAUUCACAGUCUCUUCGGGAAAAUAAUUAUCAAAAGAGAGUCCCAGAGAUCCUCAUUGGCGAUAAAUUUAGCCAUGCUGAGGGUAGGUCUGAGUACUAUUCGAGGAAACCAUUGGAGGUGAGGUCGCAAAAGAUGCCCAGCAGCCCAAUCGAAAGGUUUUCAACUGAAGUGCUGCCGCUAAGAUCUGCGAAGCCUCUCCCUGUCCCCAAUCACAAGUUACUCUCACCGAUUAAAAAUCCCAGUUUCACCUCAGGAAAAAAUAUGGCUGAUAUAAUGGAGGCAGCAGUAAAGAUUCUUGAACCAGGACUUAGAGAAAAUUCGAAGGGUAAAGCUCCUUCUCUCGGGUCAUCAUCACUUUCAUUGGAAGUCCACAACUCCAAGGAGAGCACUGCAGCAUCUCAUGGGGCGACAAGGUUUGCUGGGUCAUCUCAAAAGCCACUUGAAUCAAUUGCUGUCGAGUGUAUCAGAGGUCAUCCCCUGAACAAGAGUUGGAGUGAACCAGAAGAACCCUGCAGUGCGAGGGACUCGCCAGAAUGGGAGGAAACAAGUUCCACAAGCACAAAAGAUAAGGGAAAAACUGUUUCACUUGCAAUUCAAGCGAAGGUGAAUGUUCAAAGAAGAGAGGGGUCGUCAGCUUAUGGUAAGAUUAUAUCAGUUCCUAGGGAACAUGAGGAAGCUAAGCUGAACCAGACAUUCAAGGGUCAACCGAACUUGAGGAAUAGAAUUCAGAAGAAUGGCUCAAGACCUGGUCCCUCCGGCAUGCUAAGACAAAAUAACCAGAAGCAGAAUAGUCUCUCAAGUAAAGAAAAGAUCACUGCGACGUCAUCAUUAUCUGAUCAGCAGAUCAGGAAAGCUUCAUCUGGGGAUGCCAAAUCUGGGAAGAAUAGGACCCUGAAAAAGACCCAGGGCAACUCUAAAGUCUUUCACAGGAAGGAAGAUUUGCAAGCCACAAAUAAUCCCCGAAAGAAACGUUUGGUAGAUGGAAAUUAUCAGUCACAGAAAAAUAUUCCUGCAGAUUCUAUUAUAGUGGGUCGUCACGAGAAACGUGUCCAGUCUGGAGUCGUGGUAGAUGAACAUCAGAAGUGGGACGAAGAUAUCAGAAGAAAUGGAACAGACAUAGUAUCGUUCACGUUCACUUCCCCAAUGAAUAAGUCAGUAGCAGGAUCACAGCCUAAUCACACAAUUAUGCAUGGCUUCAAUUCAGAUAAUUCAUCUGUGGGUGUGGAAAUUGAAAUGAAUGAUGAUAGUGCAGAAAGUUCCAAAUGGGCGUCUAUCGGCUUGAAUAAGAUAAGCGGUGAUGCCUUGAGUUUUCUAUUGGAACAGAAGCUGAGAGAAUUAAGUCAUGGGCUUGAGUCCUCUGAAGUGGGGAGUACUUCAGCCUCUUUCCCAACUUCAGCAUCUGUUUCUGAAGAUAGUUGCAUCACACAGAUUCUGCAUCAAAAGGGGACUGUUCAAGAGUCUUCCGAAAUGGGCAUAUGCAACUUUUCUGACGCUUUAUCCUCAGCUAGUGAUAGGCUAUUCAACCAUAGCUCUAUAUCGCAGGUGAGAAAUCUGUUCGUCAGUUCUUGCAUUUUUUUUCAUUUCUGUUCGUGGGAAUUUUGUGCCUGUACUCGAUUUCGAUUCCCUCUUCUUCUUUCACAAUGCUUUGAUCAGAUUCGUGGUUAAGUCCCAUCUCGCAUGAAGCUCAUCGUAUUUUAUUGACAAGCAAAUGUUCUCAAACAUGUGGCGUCCUGAAUUCGGGCCAUGUCUAUCAUCUCCCCAUAGAUUUGUGUUACUCUCACUAUUGAGCUUCAUUAGGGCAACGACUUUUGGUCGUCAAAUUCGUGCAUUGAUCUUCUGUCAAAACAUCAUGCAGACAAUCCCUUUUCGCUUCCAACUUUCCUUUUCUAAAUCCGGUCAAUUUAUCGAAUUAUGUGCUUGGAUGUCUCAUAAGUUGGCCAUUGAGGCAAAUUAUCUUGAUGCCAGAGUCCUUCUAUCUGCUUGUUCUCAAACACAUAGUGGGAGAAUUAUCGGCUGUUAUGCCCGAGUUGAGGGAUUUUGUACCAUCGUUCUUGAGGUUGGCCGAAAAGGGCCAUUAUCACCUGCAGUAGAUCACACUGUUAUUAUCUGACUAACUGGUGGGGGGCUGAGAUCUUGGAUAAAAUCGUUCAUUUAGAUGAAUUUCUCUUCGACAUGGGCGUUUCAAGAAACCUGUAGGAAUCCCAUGAAAACAAAUGCCCAAGAGUGAAUCAUCUUGUUUUUUUUUUUCUUAAGAAUUCUUGUUUUGUGGAUAACAAAGAAAAAUUAAUGAUAGUUUCCGUGGUGUCAGAGUUUCCCAUCCGUGGAAUCAUGGGAGCUUCUUUUUUUCUCUUGAUCUCCUUCUGAAUCUUGCGAUGUUCUUGGGCAUUCUUGCUGAAAAGUUGACGACGUUGUGAUUUCUGAAGAACUCAAUCUCUCUCUCUCUCUCUCUCUCUCUCUCUCUCUCUCUCUCUCUCUCUUCCUCUCCCCAUUCAACGAUUGCUGAUUUUACAGGCCGCGAAGAGCGUCACUGGGUGCAGCACCAGCGGCAAGGAACCCGAGCAGCAACAUCCGAGUCCCCUCUCCAUCCUCGAAGCGUCCUUCUCCAGUGAGAGCUGCAGUUCUUCCGAGAGCUGUGAGAGCAGACGCGGUAAGAAACCAGAGCCAACUGAACACCCGUUUCCUUUCUCUGCCUCCAUUCUCAUGGCAGCCCCGCCGUCCCUGUCCUGUCCUCUCUUUCCACAGGAACGAAGAUCUCUUCUUCUUCUUCUUCUUCUUCUUCUGACCACAGCGCAGAGAUCCCCAGGGAGGCCGAGAUGGACCUCUCCGACUCGGCCUCCUCCCCCUCCGCCGUCCCUCUCGAAGAACGGCGACCUCCUCCUCCUCCUCCGGCGCCGGCGACAGAAGAAGAAGAGGAAGAGAUAGAGUACGUGAGGCGAGUGGUGGCGCGCGCCGGCGCGCCGCCCUCUCUGGAUCCGCGUCUCUUCGACCUGCUGGAAGAUGAAGAGGAGAAGAAGGCGAGAUCGACGGGCGACGGCGGGAGGCUGCGGAGGAAGGCGCUGUUCGACUGCGUGGGGGAGUGGCUGGUCUCCUCCUUCCAGGACGGCGGAGCCUACCGGCGGCGGCCGGCGACGACGGCAGCAGGGAGCAGAUGUGGUGAGGUGGCAGAGCAGAUCUGCCGGGAGCUCGCCGGGUGGCGGGGGAUGGGCGACUGGAUGGUGGACGAGCUUGUGGAGAGGGACAUGACCCGCGGCCCCGGCCGGUGGCUCGACUUCCAGGCCGAGGCCUUCGAAGCCGCCGUCGACAUGGAGGAGGCCCUCGUCGCCUCCCUCGUUGCAGAGCUCCUCUCCGACUUCGAGGUACUAUCGUAG